AUGGCGAAUAAUGACCCAUUAUCAGAUGGCAGUUCUCGGCCAGCGGCUGUCGAUUUCAUCGACAAUCGGCUGCCAAAGUACCACCCGGCUUUUAUAAACUCGUCAUGUCAUUAUGAUGCAGAAGAUGGGAAAUAUAUUCCGAACACUCAAGACACUUCAUCCACCGAAAAAAGCAGCGCAGUAUCUUUGAGUGACUCCUCUACUAAAUUGGAACCCCGUAUUCCGUCUCCAAGACCAAAUUGGACAAAUAUCGAGGCCUUGAAGUCGUGGAAUAAUCUCUUCCCCGCCGCUCUAAGUAGGCUUAUCUCAACGUCGCAAGAGCCUAGUGGGCGUUCAAAAACAGAGCAUAGCAUUCGGCAAGGUAAAAAUGAUUGGAACGCUGUCUAUAAUACACUUGAAAAUGCAAGAGCCAAAUAUGAACAAUCGAACAAGAUGGCAGGACUGUUGCGCAAGACUGGUGAGAACAUAGCUCCCGUUGCGCAGGCCCUAAAAAUCGCCUCAAACAUGGACCCUGGUAGUCCUUAUUCAACGCCCAUCUUAGGAGCCGUGAAAACUGCUGCAAGCGUUCGCCAACAAGUUCUCGAAGAGUUCAACGAUAUCAUUCCCAAAAUUUAUGACAUUGAGUUCUUUCUGGUUACGUUUCCAGACGACCAUAAUAUCUCAAACGCAUCACUCGAUCUCACCGUUACGAUACUUCUCGCAAUCGAGCAAACCAUUGGCUUCUUCAUCAGCAAUCGCUUUGUCCGAGGUGUUAAGGCCAUGGGCAUGGGAGCCAGUUACGAAACCGAUCUGCUCAAAAGCCUCAACACCAUUAAGGCCAAAAGCAAAACACUAUUAGAGGAAGCCGAUAAGUCACAAAUGCACAAAUUUGACCGACAUUCCCAGAUGAUGGAGAGGGGCCAACAACAAGUAAUACAAGGUCAAGCACAUUUACUCAAUACUGUUCGAUCACUACUCAUAGACCACGAGAAGCAAAAGAAAGAGCACUCUUUACAAACAAUCACCACUCUGACCAUCCAAAAUGAAACUCUGCGCAGCAUCUCGCCGAUCCAGAGUAGUAUGUGGCUUCCACCACCUCAUAGGCCAACGCCAGCUCAUGCGUGGUAUCUGAACCAAGAUACUCUGCGUUGGAUGAUGAAAAUCGCGGACGCCGACCUCAUUGAUGUCUCUGUCAUCAACAACAAGAAGGAUUCACUGGCUGCAAAAGACAUUGCACAGGCCGAGCAAAUUGUUCAUACACAGAUAUUCUGCAACUGGAUAGUGUCACCAAACUCUGCAAAAAUGAUGGUUCACUGGGAUCUCCAGCCACCAAAGAUUGUCGCAGGCAUCUCACCCCUCUCUCUCUUUUGCAGUACAAUAACGCAAGGUUUACGAAUCAAACAGCGCAUUUUAUCCGUACUGUGGUUCUGUGGGCGACAUAUUGACCCGAGCGAGGUUGGCGAGCAAGUAGGUGGCCACUGCAUGCUUGCCAGCCUUAUAGAUCAGCUAUUGCGACAACAUACAUUUGACACGAGGUCGCUAUCCAGCAGCUUCAAUAUGGCAAGCUUGCAACAAAACGAUUAUAAUGAAUUGAUGGGCCUAUUUGAAUGGCUUGUGAAAGAAUUGCCCAAUACUACGACACUAUUCUGCAUCAUCGACGGCGUAGCGCUGUUUGAGCGAGAAGAGCAUUGGGGACAAAGUGCCCCGGUAUUUUUAAAGAUGGUCAAUCUGACCAAUGAUCCGACUGUACCAGCUGUAGUUAAAGUUUUGUUCACAAGCACACCGGGGACUGGCAUGGUGAGAGGGGCAUUUGAACAGGAAGAUUUGAUCUUGGAAGUUGGUAACUUACCCAGGUGGGCGUCAGCACCAAGUGAGGAGCGUAUGACUCGAGAGCUUGGUGGCUGA